AUGAAAAACAAAACCGUCAAAACCGUCGCGUCUACAAAAACAAAUGGCACUUGGAAUCAUGUAACUCUGGAAAUUGUCAAUUUUUAUGAUGAAGAUUCGUUUUUCGACAUGAUGAUGGCCACAUGCCUCAUGAUACUAUUCAUCGGAUGCGGGUUUUGGUUGAUUUGUGCUUCUUGUCAAUUGAGAAAAGAAGAUGAGAAUAGUUAUCACUUGAAUAAGGACUUCAAGAAGGAUGAGGAUGAUCAGAGGUUGAAGGGUGGGAAGGAAGAUGUGAGAAUCCACGUGGAAGGGUGA